AUGACGACGGCGGCCGGCAUGCCGGGGUCGCCGGUGGGCUCGGCGGCCGCGGCGGCUGGCGGUCCCGCGGCGCCCGAGGUGGCGGCCAGGGACGCGGUGAUCGGGUGGUUCCGCGGCGAGUUCGCGGCGGCCAACGCGAUGAUCGACGCGCUGUGCGGCCACCUGGCGCAGAUCGGCGGCGGCGGGCCCGAGUACGACCCCGUCUUCGCCGCGCUCCACCGACGCCGCGCCAACUGGUUCCCCGUCCUCCACAUGCAGAAGUUCUACCCCGUCGCGGACGUCACCGUCCAGCUGCGCCGCGUCGCGGACGCCCGCGCCGCCGCCGCUGCCGCCGCGGGGUCCUGCUGCUACUCGGAGGAGGCCACGUCCACGGUGAUCCAGGAGCCCAUGGAAGACCUCCCCGCUGAGGCUGAGCCCGAACUGGAGCCGGAGCCGGAGCACGAGCAGGAACAGGAUCCCAUACAGCAGGAUCCGGCACCGGCGGCCGAGGAGGCUGACGGCACCGUCAUCGACCCCGCCGUGGAGUACCACGAGCAGGACGCGGAGGUUGAUUCCUCCGGAGAUUCGUCGGAGCGGAAGGCCCCCUCCACGGUAGACGACACCGUAGCAGACGGACAUCAUACUGAUCAAGGAUCUCAAGGGGAACACAGCCUACCAGAGAGCUAUCCCAUCUGCUCUGACCACGAGGAGUGCAUUGCCCGUCCUGAGAGGAUCAAGAUCCAGAAAGGUUUCGUGGCCAAGGAAUCCGUGAAGGGGCACAUGGUUAAUGUCGUGAAAGGCUUGAAGAUAUAUGAAGAUGUGUUUACAACAUCGGAGAUCAUGAAAGUUGCAGAAUUCAUCAAUGAAAUUCGUCAGGCUGGCAGAAAUGGAGAACUUUCAGGUGAGACUUUCAUAUUCUUCAACAAGCAGAUCAAAGGAAACAAGAGGGAGAUCAUACAGCUCGGUGUCCCGUUAUUUCAACCUACCACAGAGGAAGCUAAUUGUCACACAGAACCAAUCCCCCUGGUCCUGCAGGCUGUCAUUGACCACCUUGUUCUUUGGCGUUUAAUACCAGAAAGCAGGAAACCAAACAGUGUCAUCAUCAACUUCUUCGAUGAGGAUGAACAUUCACAGCCCUACUUCAAGCCUCCCCAUCUGGACAACCCCAUUUGCACUCUUCUGCUGUCUGAAACUACGAUGGCAUUUGGCAGGUCACUUGUCACUGACAGCAACGGCAACUACAAGGGACCCCUCACACUCUCACUAAAGCAAGGGUCCCUAUUAGUGAUGCGUGGGAACAGUGCCGACAUGGCGCGCCAUGUGGUGUGCCCGUCGUCCAACCGGCGCGUGAGCAUCACGUUCGCAAGGGUGAGGCCAUCCACGCCUGUGGACCUGAGCCCACUCCCGUCCCCCACCAAGGCCAUGACACCCUGGCAGCCGCAGCCGGCCACGGCCUCCCAGGUGGCGGCGCCCGCGUGCAUGACGCAGAAGCCCCGGUCAGCGGUGCCAUAA